AUGGGUGUGUUCAUGAGUGCAGUGAGCCCUCUGGCUGCUGAAGGACCUGCAGAGAAACCUCACCCAUUUAGAGAACUGCAGCGUUCCUGUUGGCACAAAGAAAGUUACCAGACAUGCUCUGGAGGUGAUCAGAAGAUCGCGGCUUUGGUAGAUUUUAUUGCCACCUCUACAGCUGGUGGCCCUGGACGAACUUACCGACUUGUUCAUUGCUUAGCUUGCUUGGAUUACUUAAUCAUUGUGUUGACUCCUCUUCUUUCCCCUCCUGCAGCUCCUACUGAUGAGCCAGUCUCUCUCUCUUUCUCGUACCCCAGGUUUCUGAGCCCCUUCAACAUGAUUCUUGGAGGAAUUGUGGUGGUGCUGGUGUUCACAGGGUUUGUGUGGGCAGCCCACAAUAAAGACAUCCUCCGCCGAAUGAAGAAGCAGUACCCCAUGACGUUCGUGAUGGCGGUCAUGUUGGCUAGCUACUUCCUCAUCUCCAUGUUUGGGGGAGUCAUGGUCUUCGUGUUUGGCAUCACUUUUCCUUUGUUGUUGAUGUUCAUCCAUGCAUCCCUGAGACUCCGGAACCUCAAAAACAAGCUGGAGAAUAAAAUGGAAGGAAUCGGUUUGAAGAGGACACCCAUGGGCAUUAUCCUGGAUGCCUUGGAACAGCAGGAAGAAAGCAUCAACAAGAUCACUGACUAUAUCAGCAAAGUAAAGGAAUAAAUGUAGUUUACCAGGCAAUAGGGCUGCAGGAGAAAUUGAGUUGCAGUCUGCCCUUACCCACACCUACUUUUCCUGUGUGUUUUGAAGUAGGAGGUGCACGUUUUACCACCCAACUAUCUAAGGCAGCACGCAUGUACAGGCCCAACUAUUAACAUCUGAUGAUAUAGAAAAAAGGCCUCAGAAACUGAAAGGAAACCAGCCUCCCCUUGUGCCUGAAGUUUCCAGUGUGUUUUUGAAAGAGAAUAAUGGAUUCUAUAGCAACCAUACUGUUCUCCCCUGGGGGGGGGAAAAGUCAUUGUAAACCAUCCAAGCAAUAUGAGUAAAUGCUGAAGUAUGAAGCUUAUGAUGUCAUGUGUUGGCCUCUUUCUAAUCCUCUCCUGCAUCCUGUCCACAAUUCCCAGGACUAUGUAAUAUGUGGGAUUAAAAAUUAGUAUAGAUUCUGUUGUUAUUCUUUUAAAAUCAAAGAUAAGAUCUCUAUCACUGUACCGCCUGUUUGAGGAACUGGAUAUACCAGUUGUUUAUACUUUGUUUACAAAUAUGAAGACAGCUGUCUAGGAAGAUAUUUUGUGAAAUUUUUGUAAAUUUUUGAAAUGCUAGUAAUAUGCGUUCACCAGCAGGUUUGUUGCAACAUUAAUGUUCUCUUUCUUAAAGGUUAUAGUUAUGUGAUCUGCAUUCUUGAUUUGUUAAGAAACAAAAAAAUAAAUGAAACCAAAAUUCA